AUCAAGUUAUUUUUGUUGCAAAAAAGAAAGGUGGUUAUAGACAUAGUUAUAAAUAUUGUAUAGUGGCUGUUGUUUUGUUCUUUUGGUGCCUUUAAAAUUAGGUAAAAGUAGUAAACACAGAAUAUUUCGUAGUAUAACGUAGUUGAAGACUAAAUUAUUUUAACUAUGACGGAUGAAUCUAAAAAUGUUGAAGUUCACAACCAUUAUCAUAUUUAUCCUAAAAUAAAUCUGAACUUCCAUAUCUUUGGAAAUAAUGGCGUUGGAUUCAGCAUGCCCGCCGAGCAGUUCAUUAAACCAAUGCUAAACAAUUUACCGAGUUCAGAAACGGUCACAAAAGCUCUAAAAGAUGGAUCUAGUAUUGUAGCUUCUGGGAGUAGUUCUUCGUAUAAUUGGUUACGUGGAAAUACAGGAUACAUAACAAAUACUGUGAAAAGCGGAUCUGGUAUGAUAGCUUCUGGUACUUCUGCAUCAUAUAAUUGGUUAUUCAAAGGUUCCAAAUAGUAAAGUGUGAUUAAUAGAUGUAUUGAGAUAGCUUUGGUUACUACUCUUAUCCAAAAAAUUAUGUGACCAGGUAUCAUAAAGAUUUUAAUGAUGUGAUAACAAUGAUUUUAUGUAGAAAAAAAACAGCUAUCUUUUAUAUUGUUUUUUGAUAUAUUACAUACUACGUUAGCAUAAUAUCGGGGAUUUUUCUUUUAUUAAUAUUUUAAAAUGAAAUAAAUUAAUAUUUUGCUUUU